UCGUAGUAACGUUGUCGGUGGUGGUGGGUGAUGUGUACGUAAAUAAAUUGCAAAUUUGCAAUUUUCCUUUACUUCUAAAUAAUUGGCAUAUUAUAAAAUUAUAAAAGAUGGUAUAGAUAUUACGGGUUAUUUUUGUCUGACGUCUAAUAUGGCGACAGCUUCAGUGAGGGAAUUCGGCAAAGCCUGGUGGUCGGAAAUAUAUAACAGAAUAAUUGGUGCUGUAGUGUUUAUUGAUGAUGCUAGUGCGGAGUGCUUGCACUAUGAGGGCGGCGUGGACACCUUACUGUCUGCAGGAGCAGUUGCUGUUAAGGGUUUAUCUCCAUUUGAGUUCGCCAAGAAAGAACAGAAGAAGGCAGUGUUCAUAACACAAACUACCAAUGUACAGUUGCAAACAAUUGCUGAAAUUGUCCGCCACAGCGACUUUACACACUGUAUUCUUAUAUCAUGCAUGAGCUUAGAUAUGGUGUUUCUAGAAAUCCAUGAUGAUAAGGAUAUUAAUACUGUAUUAGCCAUGGGUGAGCCAGUCCUAGAGGGCAUGAAGUAUCUUGAAAUGAAACUUAUUCAAUGGAUGGCAAAGAAGCAAAGUUAUGUAGAAGUGGUACAUAUACCAAUUUUCACGAUCUCCCUAACUAAUGUUGUGUUUGUCACUCCUCCCUUCCGUGACUUGCAAACAUUUUUCCUUGGCGAGUUGAAAUCUGACAACACAAUAGUUGACAUCAAUAAUUUGUCUAAACAAGAGAGAAACGAAGCAAGGAGGUUUGCUGCCAGCUUGAAUAACAUGUUGGAUUCAAUGAAUUUAAAAGAAGAUGUCUAUUACAUUGGCGCUUAUUCUGCAAUCAUUGGAGGGAUUUUGGAGCACUACCCUAUAUCUAUACAACGGCGGAAGAAUUGCCUGCAUCCCGCGUCGCUGAUUCUUAUAGACCGUACGAUGGACCUCUGUAGUGUUACGAGUCAUGGAACUGAGUCAGUACUGGAUAAGAUAAUGUCAGUGCUGCCCAGGUUUCCAGGUCAUUGCACUGACGUCGCUGUCGAUAUGUCACCUCUUUGCCAGGCUAAUGUAAUAAAUCACCCAGAUGACGUACAACUCAGCCCAGGUUGUCUCUACCAUUCGGAAGACGAAUCCUGCAUACAAACAUUCGAGUAUAUGAUAAACAAGUCUCAAAAAGAAGUCAUGUUCGAUCUUUACAACAAGCUGUCCAAAAUAGACAUUCAGAAAUCACCAAGUCCCAAGUCACUGUUGAAAGUCACGCCGCAAAGUGUUGAGAAAAUUGUUACUGCUACUAAAGGAAAUUACGAGGUGAUGAGCAAACACCUUGGUGUUUUGCAACAAUCGUUGGCAGUAGUACAAACUCUAAAGUCUCCUAAACGAGUUCAGCAUGAGCUUCUUAUGAGCUUGGAAAAGCAGGUACACCAGAACCUUGCCACCAGUCGGGAGUCUACCAGCGUCCUUAAUCAGAUCUGUCAUUUGAUCAAAAAUCGUAAAGAAAAGGAGCUUCCGCUUGAGAACUUGCUAGUUCUACUGAUGCACAUAUACGCUGUGAGGGACACAGAGGUCCCGUUCCCCGCAGAACAUGAAGCUCAGCUGAUCAAGACAUUAAGCGUCGCUUUGUUUGAAGACCGGAACAGUUUAUACAAAGAUACUACUGUUUUGAUGUCUCCUGAAGACUGUGACGCUAGGGCUAGUUGUAUACUGAUGCAGUUAAGGAAAAUUACUUCUAUGAGAAGUGUUUUUCACAAAUAUAACUCCAUAUUGAAGCCAUGCGAGACAGGUGUGGGUCAUGAGUAUCGCAGUGCUCUGCAGCAGUUGGUGGACGAUAUGGUCGACACAGAUAGACCUGAUCUGGUUGAUCUGGACCAGUACAGAAGUGACAAAUUAAAGACAUUGCUGCGGAGUGGACUUGGAAUGCUAACAAAUAGAAAGGUCAAGACGAGACAUCCUCUGGAUAACCCAACCAUAAUUAUUUUUGUGAUCGGCGGGAUUACGGCCGAGGAAUGUAAGCGUUUGCAUCGGAGUGUGAUUACUAGUGGUAUUGAUAAUACGGUUCUGAUUGGCGCUACGAAGUUGGUGACUCCUGUUGAAGCCAUGAGGGAUAUACUACCGUUAUAGCAGAAGCCUAAACCUGAGCGAAGUCCAUCACAUUCAUUUAUUUGAAGUGUGCUGGUCUCAUUCAGGUUAACGACACCUCGACUUUUGAUGAACUAUUAAUGGAAGCGCACUUUAAAAAUCUUAGCCUUUAAUAAAUUUUAUAAUGAGGAAUGUUUAGCGUUUUAGUGUCAAAAUACCAUCACGUCUCAAAAGUUUAAUAACAUUUAAAAUAAUCAACAAACCAAAUUAUUCCUACUUUAGCCAAGAACCGUGUUGAUGAGUGUUCAUAUACAAUAAAAAAACUGGUAUACAAUGGGUAAAAUGAGAAAUUUUCUUAUGUUGUCUGCAAGUAUGUAUGACAUAUAAUUAAUAUUUGUAUAUAAUUUAGAAAGUCCAAUUCGACAAUUAAUAUAAAUUAGUUAUAAAUAAUUGUUACUAUCAACAUAUUCCAUUAAAAUAAUGAAUUAUUCCAUGUAAUUGAUACUUUAUUCCAUGAUACUAUUAUAAUACAACAUUUAUAAUAUACAAUAAU